UAAGGAAGAGCAUAUGUUCUUUUCCUACAUUUUAGAAAACUGUUUUGUGGGGUGGAUUUAUUUGUUUGUUUUUUGGGUUUUUAUUUUAUUUUAUUUUUUGCUAUUUUACCACUUUGCUUUGGCGUGGUAACUUGAGCUCUUUGCUGAGAUAUUGGAUUAUGUUACUGUUGAAACGGUCUGCAGGGAGCUGAGCCAGGGAAAGAAGAAUGCGGGUCCAUUUAAUGGUGUUCUGCCUUAUUUCCUACACCGUGAAUGGGCAAAUAGAGUAUUCCAUCUCCGAAGAAACUGAACGUGGUGUGUUUGUUGGGAAUAUAGCAAAGGAUUUAGGAAUAGAUGCAACUACACUUUCACUCCGGAAAUUUCGCAUGAUCACCAGUUCAAGUAAGCAAUAUUUUAAUUUGGAUGUAAGCACGGGGACUUUGUCAGUUAAUGAACCCAUAGACAGAGAGCAGGUUUGUGAAUUAAAAACUACCUGUUUUCUGAAUUACGAACUUGUGUUAGAAAACCCUCUAGAGCUUUAUAAAAUGGAAUUUAAAAUACAGGACAUAAAUGACAACUCCCCCAGGUUCCCUUUGAAUGAAUAUCACUUAAAUGUAGCCGAGUUUUUAUCUCCUGGGGCUCGGUUUACACUCCCCAAUGCCCAAGACUUUGAUGAAGGCGCCAACAGUGUCCAGACCUAUUCUCUGAGCCCUAACGAACAUUUCCGACUGGAAAUGCAAACACGCGGGGAUGGGAGUAAGUACCCCGAACUGGUGCUGGAGAAGCCCUUAGACAGGGAGCAGCAAUCCACCCACAGACUUGUAAUUACAGCCAAAGAUGGUGGGAAUCCCGAGAGGUCCGGUGACGCCCAAGUCAUUGUGACUGUUCUUGAUACCAAUGAUAACGCUCCAGCGUUUGAACAUUCGCUCUACAGGGCAAGUAUCUUGGAAAACUCCCCCAACGGCACGUUGGUAACCAAAGUACAUGCCACUGACUUAGACGAAGGUCAAAAUGGAGAGAUCAGAUACUCCUUUAGCAAUAGCACUUCUGCUGAUGUACAGAGACUAUUCCUAAUCCACCCCCAGACCGGGGAGGUAAAAGUGAAUGGCAUUCUAGAUGGCCAGAGACCUGUUCUAGAGAUGUUCAUUGAGGCAAGGGAUAAAGGUGCGUUUGGAAUGUCCAGUACAGCUAAAUUGCUGGUGGAGGUCACUGAUGUAAAUAAUAAUGCCCCAGAGGUUACAAUCAUGUCUCUUUCCAGUCCCAUCCCCGAAGACGCUGUGCCCGGCACCGUGAUAGCUCUUUUGAGUGUUCUGGAUAAAGACCCUGGAGAGAACGGGCAGGUGACUUGCCAGAUCUCCGCUGACAUUCCCUUCCAACUAAAACCCUCUUUCGACAGUUACUAUAGUUUGGUCACUGACGGACUUCUGGACCGAGAAUUGGUCAGUGAAUAUAACAUCACCAUCACCGCCAGAGACCUUGGUUCCCCGCCAAUCGUUACCCAAACGACAGUAUUGGUGCAAAUCUCCGACGUGAACGAUAACCCUCCCAACUUCGCCAGACAAUCCUGUGACAUCUCUGUAGCGGAGAACAAUCUUCCUGGAGCAUCUUUGUUCCAGGUGUCAGCAUCUGACCCCGACAUUAGCGGGAAUGGCCAGGUCUCUUAUGCGCUCAGGGACAUUGACAUUGCAGAUAGCUCCUUGUCCAGUUUUUUAUCCGUUAACUCAGAGAAUGGAAACAUCUAUGCAAAAAGCACUUUUGACUAUGAACAACUCAGGAGUUUUCAUUUUCAAGUGAUAGCCAAGGACAACGGAUCCCCGGCCCUGAGUGCGACCUUAAAUGUGAAUAUGUUCAUCACGGAUCAGAACGACAACGCCCCGGUCAUCCUAUACCCUGGGGCCAGGAACGGCUCGGUCGCGGUGGAAAUAGUCCCUAGGUUAGCCGAUGCCGGUUACCUCGUGACUAAAGUGGUGGCGGAUGAUGCGGACAGCGGGCAGAACGCGUGGCUUUCCUACCGUCUGCAGCAGUCUUCCGACUCCAGCCUAUUCAAGGUUUUGCCCAAUACAGGAGAACUCAGGACUACUCGCUCCAUGAGGUCCACGGAUUCCAUCAAACACAAAGUGGUCAUUCUAGUGAAGGACAAUGGGGAGCCGUCCCUCUCCUCCACGGUAGCCUUGGGCAUCCUGCUGGCUGACUCCCUUCCCCAGGCCCUCCCGGACUUCGGUGACGGGAUGGAGGGACAAGAGCAGCUCACUAGCCGGAACCUUUACUUGAUCAUCUCGCUCGCUUCCAUUUCCUUUGUGUUCCUUGGCUUUCUACUCUUUCUUCUUCUCACAAGGUUUUUCCAUUUCAGAACGAACUCCUCCCGCAGCGGCUGCUGUUCAGGGUGCUGCUCAGUGGAUGGGCAUGAUAAGUAUCGCUUCAACGUGCGCAUGCUCCCAAGAUCUCAUUUAACACCUGACAUGGUGGAAGUCUCAGGAGUGGGCAAACUGACCCAGACCUAUUUGUACAGAGCUUCUUUGGGUGUUGGUCCUAGCAAUAACAAUUUACUGCUGAACGGAGACGCGGGAAAUCUUUUCAAUGGCGCAGGAUUACAAGGGCCCACGGCAUGUGUUCAAGUCCGGAAGGUGAAGAGCGAUCACUUUAAUGCUAUUCUAGUGCCAAAACAACCCAAUCCUGAUUGGCGUUAUUCUGCUUCCCUAAGAGCAGGAAUACAAAGUGCUGUGCACAUGGAGGAUGCAGGAGUCUUACGAGGAGGGCCGGGAGGACCUGAACAGCUGUGGCCAACAGUAUCCAGUGCAACACCAGAACCUGAGGCGGGAGAGGUGUCCCCCCCAGUGGGAGCUGGUGUGAACAGCAACAGCUGGACCUUUAAAUAUGGACCUGGCAAUCCCAAACAAGCUGGUCCCGGUGAGUUGCCAGACAAAUUCAUUAUCCCGGGAUCUCCUGCAAUCAUCUCCAUCCGGCAGGAACCACCAAACAGCCAAACUGACAAAAGUGACUUCAUAACCUUUGGCAAGAAGGAGGAGACCAAGAAAAAGAAGAAAAAGAAGAAGGGAAACAAGACUCAGGAGAAAAAAGAAAAGGGGAACAGCACCACUGACAACAGUGACCAGUGAGGGGUUUAUACUGUCAGAACCCACUUAGCCAUUUUUUUUAAUAUUGGCAGAUCUCUCCUAUGUAGCAACUCCCAACUUCUUCCUACUGUUAACAAAUUUCCUGUAUAUAUAGACUUCAGAAAUCAGCAGGAAGUUCACAGUGUCUAUCUAGAUUGCUUAACAGGUUUUGUCUUGAAAGCUUUAUUAAGUCUGGUGUUAACUUUUUUUCUCCACUCUGGCUUGUUUUCAGACUCUAAAAAGCAGACACAAGUUUCCUUUCUCCUACGCCGAAAAGGAGAAUCUUCACAGUACAGCCAGUGAGAGGUUGGACUCUCUGCAUUGUGAUUCCUGUGAUCCUGUCUUGAUGACACUUACAGGACAAGUUUAAAAGUUUUAAUAUUGUGCACCCUGUGUCUGAUUGGAAACAUUUGUGUGCAGAUGUGAGCUAGGUGAUACAAGAUCAGAUUAUAAUUGCAAGAAGAGCUGGUAAAAUAUGAACAACAAAGGAAACACCUAAUGAAUGUAGUGGUCAGAGAUGUUCAGGCUGGGGAGAAAAUGUCUCAAAGGAGAUGACCAGAUUUUUUGAAUAUAGAUACUAGGUGUGUGGAAUACUGAGGCUUUUGCAUGACGUAUUGUACACACUCCAGCAAAGAAAAGCUCACAUUUACAGCUCUUUAAGAUACCAUAAAGUAUAACUCUCACCAAACCAUUGGCUAUAUUGUCAUUAUAAGUCCUGAGUAUCCUAGCAAGGAUGUCCCUCAAAGUGGGACAACAAGGGAUGGGCUGACAUCUAGGGAACGUAACUGACUGUGAUGUUUCCUGUGCAUCCCUGUUUCCAGUCUAUUUAACAUUCUUUUGCACUUAAUGUCUCUGAAAAGGUCAGAGUAUUUUCCACAACAGAUAUGCAAAAGUGAGAAAAAAGAAACACAUUAUCUAUGCUUUUUGUUAUUUGAUAUAUUUAUUUAUAAAGAAAAUAUAGCUGUAAAUGUUAAAGAAAUAUGAUGCCCUUUAACCCAAACAUAAGUCGAUCUACAGCUACUAGAAAUUAUAAUUGCUGCUAUAAAAGUGCUUUAGAGAAAAUGCCUGAAACACCUGUAUUAUAUCGGCCACUUGCCAAUCACAGCUUUAUUCUGUUGGGUCACUCGGGCGCUGCCUCUUGCAUGUAUUAAUAAAUACAAGAAUAUAAUUUUUUUGCAUUAAUCUGCACUUUGAAUACACAUUUGCAAACAAACUGUCCUAAUAUAAAGAAGCAGAAGCAAACUAUUUCUCACACAAGAUCUAUUAACCUGCUAGCUCUGUGCAGUGUCUUGGUGUUAUCUCCCACACAACCUUUUUUGGUUUUAGUUUUACUUUUCAAUGAGGUUAUGAAUUGCUGACCCUAUUAACACUCAUUAUGUAAAAUUGAAGUACUGUAUGUAAGCUGUAUGCUCUUAUAAGAAUCCUAAAAUAUUUAUUCUGUGCUUGUGUAUGUGAAUGUCAAUGGAACUAUUAUCUAGAGUGGACUUUAAGCUUUAUUGUUGAAUGUAAAUCCAUUCUUUCUUUUUUGUACACUUGUGGAAAAGUGGAGUAGUGUUAAUUUUUUAAGCUACUGUUGGUUAUCGGUUUUUGUGUAUGAAACACAAGUAAAAUAUCUUUCUUAAAUCAA